CCUUGGUUCAAGGCUUCCUGGAUCCAGGGACAGGUGGUUGACUUGUUGUGCCUUGAUUCCGUCCUGUUCCCUUGCAUUUCCCUACCACAGUUGUCAGUCCCGUCCGUCUUUCUUCCGUUUUGUUGUUGCGUUCCACAACGUCUCCUCUUCCCUUACUCCAUCCCGCCCCAAAUGCCCCAGACCGACCUUUGACUGCAAUUGACCCCUUGCUCCAGUCACAAAUCAACACCUUCACAUUCAAUGCGGCUGUUCAAACCGAACAAGUCGCAAGCCUCAAUAGAUCGACUCUCAGGCUCUCGCGACGGAAGUCCUACGUCGGAUUCGCCAUAUUCUCAAUCCCAAGUGGCACAUAAUCACUCCCGCUCACAGCAGCCUCACCCCAGCUACAGUGGAGCACAGCAAUUUGAUUCAUCCAACCCUCACCCUGACCGCUUCUCACAACAUCAACAACUUCCACACCACCCACACCAUCUUGUCCACCAACAACAACAGCAGCAGCAGCAGCAGCAGCAGCAGCAGCAGCAACAGCAGCAACAACAACACCAACACCAACACCAACAACCACUGCCACCACCACCGCAGCAGCAGCCGCAACAACCUCCUCAGGAACAAUUGCAGCCUUCGUCCACUUCUCCUUACCUACCUCAAGAUCCCCACUCGCAUCCUGCUCCGCACCUUGGUCGAAGUCAAAGUGGUCGUGCUCCUUCAGCUGCAGAUGUUUAUGGCGCUGAGAGCCAACAGCCUAGUGUGAACAUUAUACCGCCUACAUCUCACCAGAACCUCGCUCCCCAGGCCGCUGCUCCCGUCCCCGGUCAGACUCAGUUUGGUCAAUCGAGAAACGUUCGAAGCGAAAAGGAGAACAAGAAGUCCAAGCGUCACUUUAUAUCUGGAGUCUUCAAAGAUAAAGGAAAGGACGACGACAAGGACAGGGACAACAAGUCGAGCGAUUCUCGCAGAGGUGUCGGCCGUUCCAGUUCUGUACACCUGUUGAGAAAAACAAACCAGGACUAUCCCCAAAAUCGAGAGUCCUACUCACAGCAGAACUCACCUCAGCAAUAUCAACCUCGUCACUCGGUCCUGUACCCAGGCACGGAACCAUUGAGUCCUUCACAGACCUCAAUAGACGCCGCAGCCGAGCGCUACCAAAACCCAUCUGGACACAGUCCCGAUCGAUUUGAGUCCUCCCACCCUCAGCAUUCUCAACCGCCAGUUGACUAUCACGAGGACGGGCCAUCAUUUAGCCCCCAACAAGAGACAUAUCAACCCUACCGCCAGGACGAUUCAUCCAACGUCUCCGAACAUUAUCUGCCGUACCAGGGCCAGCCGACCAGACCAGUUCAAACCAGUUCAGAUCAAUACUCCCAGCUACGCCCUCCUUCUCAAGCCUCCCUCGCACCCCCUUCUCCAAUCAACCACCCCCUUCCAUCUGAUACCCGUGUCCCGUCUGGUCCUGUCCCCAACCGUUUCUCGACCCAGAUCACAGCUCCAGCCCCCCCGCCUCAGCCAUCGCAGCAGAUGGCACGAGAUCGGGAAGGCCCAUCCGGCAGCGUUCGCCAACAACGAGAACCCCGCAACGAAGAGAUACAGUAUCAAAGCCAGCAGGACCCUCGAGUGAGAAUGUCACAACAGGUAUCUGCAGAUCAAGGUCGAAGCACACCACCUCCUCGGAGUCGAGACGACAUCAAUCAACUCGAUUAUCACCAGUUGCUGCAGCGUCAUGAAGAGUUGCAAGCCAAGUAUUCCAAAGUAAAGCGCUACUAUUUCGAGAGAGAAGCCCAAGUCACCCAGUUGCAGAACACGGUCGCCAAUCAACGACUCUCCAUGUCAAAGACGUCGCUUGAUGACUCUCAGUACACUGCCAGAUUUGAACGACUCAGUAAUGCCAUCAACAAUCUGGCAUUCAAUAUCCGAAAGAAUUGGCGAGCAGUUCCUCCAUGGCUUCGCCAUGUGUGUAACCAAGAUGCCCACAGUGUCGGCACAAAAGAGAUGACGGCUGUUGGCAGAGCGUGCAUCAGCCGGUGGCUGUUCGAAAGCAUCUUCGAACGCACCUUUCAUCCAGGAAUCGAUCCAGGCCUAUCCGCACAACUCAAACACGUUGAAAAGGUCCUCCGUCGAUCCAGUCAAGGCAUUCCCCUCACCGAUGAGCAGCGUGAUGAUCUGACCACCAAGAUCACCACCUGGCGGCUGACGACAAUCGAGGGUCUCCAAGACGUUCUGGAAUCCCACCAGGCUGAACAAUACAUCGAGACAAUGAACAAGGUCUUUACACAUCAACUCACCGAAUCGUUGAAAGCGAAUCUCACAGAGCCACCGCCACCUGACUUGGCUGAGGGAGUGGCAAUGAUUGUCAGUCAAGCUAUUGGCAUUGCUCGCAAUAUUCCCUGCGAAUCCCGAGACAUCUGCGUUGAAUAUUUCAUGCCUGGAACGCCUAUCAACGAGGUUUACAUGAAGCUUGAGCCUCAGAUGACCCCUCUCACAAACCCCGGCCCUGAUGAACGAUUGAUGGCACUUCAAGCACAGCAAGCUAUGCAAGACGCGCAAGACGCGGAAAGCACAGCAAGCACUGACGACGCGAGGGAGAGAGAGGUUGAGGCGGAGAUUCGUGAAGCGGCCGGAAAAGCUGCAGGGCAACCCUCCCAAGUAUCCGUCGGCAGUGGACGCAACGAAAGUGCGACAAGCUCCGCGUCUCAGGGGACUGUCAAAGGGCUGUCGGACAAGUCGUCGAAAAAGUCCUCAUUUUUGGGUGGAUUUGUAUCCAAGAAACCGGCACCAUCGUCGCGAAAUCCUUCCAGCGCUCAAGAUCGGGAUCGUGGCAAUGACGCAGCAAGCAACAAUUCAAGUGAGCGUGAGACGGAGCUCGGUCGCAAUGUCGGCGCCCGGGAGAGCAUGGCGGUCAAUCCUGCUCAACUGGCAGCACAGGUCCCCGGGGCUAAUCAAGGCAGGAUCCGGUUUGCCGCAUUUGUGGCGAUUGAGGUCAGGGGUAAAGGAGGUCCAGUAGCAGCAGCGGAACGACAAGCCAACAAGGCUGCCGAAGCAGGCAGUGCGGCUGGAGGAUCAAGCCGAGACAGCAGUGUCAAUGUACUAUUCAAGGCACCGGUCUAUGAGUAUUGAGAAUGAACCUAGCGAUUGGGGCACAUGUGAUGGUGUCACGGCCAGGCACAUGAACAAUUCGAAUGAGGAGUGAAAACAUUGUUCGUCGAUCGUCGACACGGCCCACUGAGAGCCUGACACACAUAUUCCGUGAUCAAUGAAUUAAUCUAGUACAGUGAAUGAAUCAAGUAAGAUG